AUGGCGAACGUAAAAACAUUUUUUCUUUUAAUAUUUUUCGUUUCUUUUAUUCAUUAUAAUAAUGCUGAUGGUCUUUGUGAUUUUUACGAAACGUCGGCCUACAAUAUUAGUGCCCCUUGCUUGAAACAACUAAAAGUUGUGUGUAACAAUUCGGAAUUGGCUUGGAAAAUAAAUGGAGUCAAAAAUGUGUUUGACGCCUCGUCAAAAUUUCUAAUUCCUGGAAUGACCUAUAGCAACGUAAUGGAUUAUGGCAACUUCCCCGAAUGCCUCUCAAUUAAUUACAACAGUGGUGAAAUUAUCGGAAAAUAUUGUGGCUAUUCUGUGAUUAUUGUUAAUAUUUUUCUGACACCACAAGUCGACGAAAUUUUGCAAAGUUUCAACAUUGACACAACUAAACCCACACAAGAGAUUUCUUUCCAACUCGUUCCGAAAUUGCAAGCGAAAUUGCGGGAUGUUCUAGUCCCUGAUAUUCCUUACGUCCUUUCGAAAUACUCGAAUUGUGUUCCAGACGCUUGCACUCCUCGUGAAGUGGGCUAUUUUUUUUUAUACGGACAUUUGAAUGACAUUAUCGGGCAAUUAUUUAACGCUUCGUUGAUAAUUUACACGAAUUUACCAUGUGAAACGGUCAAUUCAAAUACUGAUUACGAAGCUGGAGAUAUUGCAGCGAUUGUUUUUUUUGUGGUGAUUGGGCUUUUGUUGAUUGCUAGUACUGGAUAUGAAGCUUUGUGUCAAAAUUUCAAAAGUGAGCCUCUUCAUCCAAUUCUUUUCUCAUUUUCGAUUCUCACAAAUGGGAAAAAAUUGCUUAUUAUUAGUGACAAUACAAGUGAACAAAUUCAGUGUUUUAACGGAAUGAGAUUUAUUAGUAUGAUGUGGGUGUUGGCUGUGCAUGCUAAAAGUCCCUAUGAAGUGGGAAUAAUCCCUUUGGAAAAUUACCCAGAUGCGAAAAAGUGGACUCAAAAUUGGACUUCACAAUACAUUGUAGCUGGACCACUUGCUGUCGAUACAUUUUUUUUCAUUACUGGCUUUUUACAAUCUUUUACUUAUUUGAAAAAAUCAUGUGAUGAAAAAUUCGUGGAUCAAGUACGAAAAGUCCCUAAAAUGUAUCUACAUCGAUAUUUGAGACUUACACCAAGUGUGGCAGCUUUGUAUCUUGCUACAAUCACAAUUUUUCGAUUUUUUGGUAGCGGACCCAUUUGGAGUCUCAUUGCAGAUUUAAUGAAACGAGUUUGUAAAGAAAAAUGGUGGCAAUUUUUCCUUUAUGUACAAAAUUACACCGAUCCUGAUGAAAUGUGCCUCUCUCCGACGUGGUACCUUUCAGCUGACAUGCAGAUGUUUAUUUUAGCACCUUUGGUUCUCAUACCAAUGGCUCUUUUUAUCAAAAAGCGAUUUAAAAUUGUGAUACAAGCACUAGUAACUCUUACAAUUGUAUCAAUUGUGGUUCCCAUAGUUUUACAGAAUUUUGUCGAUCAAGGACCUGGAAACACAUAUGCAACACACACUAGAUUCAAUAAUUAUCUAAUUGGGAUGAUUUUUGGGGCCACUUUGCGUAUGAAAAAACAAAAACCCUACAUUUUCAAGCCUUGGGUAAAUGUUGCACUCUGGAUUCUAGUUAUUGUAGUUUCUUUAGCGAUGAUAAUUUUUUGGUUUGAUGUUAAUACGAAUUAUGAGCUUGUGAAAUAUUCACUUUUUUAUGGAUUUUAUCGACCGGUUUGGUGUUUAUGUUUGGUUUUUAUGGUCUAUUCGUGUUAUCACAACCAAGGUGGAAUUAUACAAUGGUUUUUGCAAAGACCGGCCUUUCAGAUUUUAGGACGAUUGUCUUAUUGUAUGUACGUUUUACAUACAAUGGUGGAAAUUUACGCGUUGGGAAUUUUAAAGACUCCCAACUAUUUCAGCAAUUAUAUGUUGUUUUAUAACUGGUGUGGCCACAUUAUAGUGACUAUGAUAUUGGCGGUUGUAUGGGUGUUAGCUUUUGAACUUCCAAUGCUCACUAUUGACAAAUAUAUUCUCGGGGACGAAAGAGCGAGAAAAAAGGAAUAAUUACUUUUUGUCCAACAUUUUUAUUUAUUUAAUAAAAAGUCUGUUGUUAUGUAUAAAUUUGAUAAUUUGUUGUGUGUUAUUAACAUAAUUAAUUCGUAUUUACGAACACGCUGCUGAUUUAAUUAAUUAAUUCAUUGUUACCAAUAGAUUUUUUUGUCACCUGGUAUUUUAUCUAGAAUCAAGACUGAAACAAAGGAAAAUUUAUUUGCAUUGUUUUAUUUAAUCCUUUGGUGCACUAUAAUUUAAUAAUAAACAAAUAAAAAGUAAAAGGUAUUUGCUUAGCUAAAGGUCACUCCGCUUAGAGUAUCUACUUAAUAAUAAAUUAAAAAUUAUCGGUUUGAGUUCGUCAAAAAACGCAAUUUUUUCACCACAAAUAAAUUAAAAAAAAAUCUGAGUAACCAACAUCAAAUCUCCAAUUUUAUGUUUUUUCAAGAAUUGUCUAUCAAUAGUUCAACUAAAAAUAUGGAACGUUUUAUGUACCUAUUUAAUUUUUUUAAAAUCUAAAAUGUGUGUUUCCCAAGAAUAAACUUUAUCGAUUUUUUGAAUUGUGAACAAUUUAAUUUUUU